AUGUGGGGCGGAAUCUUCCGCAAGCGGCCUCCCCGAGGGGACCGCGGAGUCAAAAGCGACCUCGACAGCCAGCGUCUGGGUGUCCUUGUCUCCGGCGUCGCGACUCUGACCUCGAAGAGAAUCUACGCCCCAUUCCAUGUGAGACGCAGGCUGACAACGGCGGCAGAGUUGCUGGACAAUCAGCCAGUCGAUGUUCGACCCUUCAUGGAUGAGGGCGAAAACCUCGACGCGACGAUGGCGAAGGACCAGCCUCUCGUGCAAGCAUGGUUCAUUGACCUCGUCUUCCAGCUCCUCACAAUCCUGGCUGUCUGCAACCUCGCCUUUGCCGUCGGAAUAAUCAUCGGCUCUAUCAUGUGCCGCACCACGCUCUUUAGUGGCAGUGUCCUAGACGGGCUGGACGGCCGCGAUGGACGCGGCUUCGCCUGGGUUCGUCUCUAUCUCCCCGACUCUUCGAAAGGAUGGAGCCAACCUGACCCCAGUGUGAAGGCAGUUCUUCGCGGAGCCUUCGAUGUGACGAUUCCUGAGUACUGUCUUGGAUCCUACGUGGAGGCGCUGUCUGCCGUGAUGGCUUUGUCGUAUGUGCCGGCUGACACUAUCGGGAAAACGCCGCAGGAAGAGUGUUUCACUUCGUCGGACCCGAGUUCUCUACCGGCUCCGUAUUCGCAACCGAAUCCGGAUGGUGCGUUGGCCAGCACCCCCACGUCUGGUCCGUCAGCAGACGAGGCUGACGGCGCAAAUGCGUCUCGCGCUCUGCCGUCCACCUCCAGAGACACUUCCCACGCUCGUCCCAUCGUGGAGAAUCUUUUGAGACGCGUGGGGAACCUUUACACUACCGAAGAGGAACAUCUUUUGGCAGAACAGUUACAGCGGCACUUUGGCUUGACUUUGAUUACCCGGGCCAUUCACGGCUUGUCACUGAUCACGAGUUCGGGCUCGGCGAACGACGUUCCUCUCGAGAUCGAAGUUUUCGAUCCGGACACUGGAUCUACGAGGGAGGUGUCUCGGGUGUUUCUGCAGCACUCGAAAAGGUCCAGCUAUCCUGUGGGGAUGAUGUUCAGUGCAGCGAUGAAGCAGGCGACGCACCUCGUGCCCCCAACCAUCCUCCUCCGCAAUAUCAUCCCCUUCAUCGUCGGCCUCACGCACGGCCUCAACUCCGUCCGUCUCUCCAUCACGCUCAACGUCCCCCUCGUUGCGAAAGAUGAGAGACUCUUGCAGGCAAUGCGAGACGACUGCGCAAUGGGGCGGAUCUACUUCGCGCUGGAAAUCACCAUUCAGGCUGUUCGGGCCAUGUUCUUCAAGCACACGCAGGGCGCGAUCCCGUUGCUGCCUUUCAAGGUUCCCUGCUCUCAGGUCCUGGUCACAGACGAAGCCGAGUGGCCGCCAGAAACCCCCGAGAGCUUCGUGCAGGACGUUGCUGAACUCGCGUCAGAGUACAGCACUCUGAACCUCAUUUUUGGAGACGAAUAG